AUGGACAGUGCCGGAAGCAAAGCAGUUGAAAAGGCCUGUCUCGCUAGGGCUAUGGUUGUGCCGCGAUGGUCGCCCGGAAGUAAUUGCAUGUUCUGGUACAAACAGACUCUGCCGUCAGAAACUUGGCAAUUCGUGUUUGUCGACUGCGAAAGACAGAUCCGCCGGCCAGCAUUUGAGCAUCGGAAACUAGCCUCAAGGCUUGGAGAUGGGGCAGGAGAAGCGGGCAAAUUAGCACUAGCUUGGCUGAACAUUGAUCCAGAAGGCACUUGGGCACGAUUUCAAUUCAAGUCCAAGACUUGGCAGUUUUCUGAGGACGCCAGCCUGGAGGAGGAGUGGCACGGCGACUUCGAUACAGGGGAAGUUGAGGCCAGCCGAGAUACAACGACGCCGACACCAAAGAAUGCCAAGGGUAAGACGGAUCUCUUGAUCGCCAAUCUAACGUCGGAGAUGUUGGAAUAUUUUUGGAUCAAUCAUAACGGCAAAUCUAACUGGCGCAUUCGCGCGAUUCCGCCUCGAGAUUCCGUUCGGCUCGCAUCGCCACUUGGUUACAGGUUCCGCGUCGUGAAUAGGAGUGGGAGAACAAUUGCGUUGGAAAUUAAGAUAACCAUGGGAGUCGUCAACAUUGAGGACACGCCUGACGGUUUGGUCUUGAGGUGGGAGCAGGAUGCUCUCGCAGACAUCGACUUCGAAAGUUCAAAGACGCAGGCAACGAAACCAGAGUACCAAGCGUUUAUCCGAAAGCAUAACAUAUGGCGCUCAUGGUACAAAAUCUUACCCGAGGACAAUGAUAUUCUCUGGACUAGUGAGCGAGAUGGGCGGAACCACUUGCACAGGUUCAGUGCCGACGGCACGCUGAAGAGCCAAAUCACCCAGGGCGACUGGCUGGUGCGGUCGGUUGAGUUUGUUGAUACGCGGGAGCGCAAGAUUUGGUUCAAGGCAUUUGGGGUCAAGGGGCAGGAUCCGUACCAUACCCACCUCGCGUGCGUCAACUUUGGCGGUUCUGCUCUUCGUUUCGUAACGGAGGAGGAUGGCUCGCACUUGUUGCGGUUUGGCCCAGAUCGCCGGUUCAUCAUUGAUUCACGGUCGCACGUCGACUUGUUGCCCCGUGCCGGCGUGAUUGACGCCACUACGGGGAAGCAGGUCGUGUUUCUUCAGAAAGCAGAGCUUGGCCCUCUGGAGAGCACGUAUAUUUUCCCGGAGCGGUUUGUUGCCAAGGGCCGCGAUCACGAGACGGAUAUCUACGGCAUCAUGAUCAAGCCUCCAAAUUUCGACAAAGACAUGACGUAUCCGGUCAUCGAUAUCAUUUACGCCCACCCAUCCCAAUUCAUUGUGCCCAAGAACUUCAAGAACCUUGGAGCGCUCCGUGCAAUGCCAGAGGCAGGCUACGUCAUUGUCAUGGUUGAUGGAUGCGGGUAUUCCCGACCACAUUGCAUGAAUAAAGGCGGCAGCCGAGACGCGUCCGUGGAUGAACCUCGAGCGCGUCGGCAUACAGGGCAGCUCUUCGGGCGGCCACAGCGCGGCGUCGGCGGUCCUGCACCACGGCGACUUCUACAAGGCCGCCGUCGCGCAUGCGGCGUGCCACGAUCCCCGGCUGGGUACGGCGCGAUGGGAGGAAAUGUACAUGGGCUGGCCGGUCGACGCGAGCUACGCGGAGAAUGCCAACGGCACGCACGCUCGGAAGCUGACGGGGGCGCUGAUGCUGUGCACGGGCGAGAUGGACGACGUGGUCGACCCGGCCAGCACGAUGCAGUUCGCCGACGCGCUGAUCAAGGCGGACCGGGACUUUGA